UUUUUUUUUUUUUUUUUUUUUUACCAUGUCUGAGCUGUUGUGGAAAAUUUCACUUACUCCCCUGGAAUUUGCCCAACACCGUGAUACAGUGGGGACGAGGGAGGCAAGGUGCUUGGUCCCUGCCAUGCCGCAUUUGCCAUUUAAGCAUGUACAGUACAAUCCAUUCAUUGGGUAUUUGGGUGCCUGAUACGUGCCAUUGUCAGGAUACAGGGAUUAAAACGGACAUGAUUGAUCCUUCCUGGAAUUUUCACCGUACCAAGAAGGAACUGAGGCUCCUCCGCAACAGAAUGAGGGUAGGGUCCCACUCCAGGAGGGCAAACUUUUCCUGUUUCUUCAUCUCUAGGAUGAGGGAAUUAAUUAGAAAAUCUCCAGGACUUCUUAGAGCUCAGAAGUUCCAUCAACAGUAAAAAGUUGCUUGGGACACCUUAAGGUGACCCAUGUUCAUUGGGUGUCCCGGGAAUUCAUGAAGAUAUCUUUAGGAGGCUAAGUUCAGUUGCUGGUGAUAACAACCUUUCUUCCUUUGGUUUCUUCUCUCCACUUUGCUGUCUUCUGUGCAAAGAUGCCUGGAAGCUGGAGAUAAUGAGCUGUCCCUACUAUUUCAAAGCAGCCUCCCUUCCCGAAGUAUAUCCAGGCACAAAACAGGAGCCAGCCUAAGCUUUUCCUGGGAAGGAUGCGUCCUUCUGAGUUUAGGGGACCUUGACUCUAGGAGGAGCACACAUACUGGGAUUGUUACGUUCUUUGCCUUGGCCCUGGUCCCAUCUCGGCUCUGUGCGCCCUUGGAAGGAAAAGAUUCUAGGAGGCAUUCUGGUGUUCGUAAACCUCCUCCAUGUUUGAGUCCUGGAGAUGACCAUGACAUGUUAAGCCUUAAGUUUGGUCCCUGCCCAGACAGCAUGCUGGACUCCUGCAAGGCACAUUAGGGGUGGGGCCACUGCUUUCUGGCUGAUGUGGCUGAACCGGCCUGAGGGGAAAAUGAAAGGAAAAACAAGCCCCAGUUCUACUAGGAAACCCAAACUGAGCAACUUCAGGCUUACCCAGCUCUUGGGAAGACCAGGAAGCAACUGAGGAGCGGUGCACUGAGACAGACAGCGCCGGGGGUUAACCCCCUGCCGCUAAUAUUUCUGCCCCAAAGGAGCCUCUCCUUUCUUGGCAAGAUGUAGAAACCUAGAUUCCCUCGCAAGAUCCACGCGACCAGCGUCGGCCACGCUGUGCUUCCUGGGGUCCCCUUGUUUAGUGAUUCUUAGUUAUGGCCGCCCGUGUGCCUUCGGCUCAAUCGGGAGGACAUCGAAAUCCAGAUUUCGGGGUUGCAGGGCGCGGGCCCGGGCUUGGUGAGGGCAGGGGCAGCCAUUUUGAGACCAGAAGAGGGCGGAAGGGACCAUAUUGAGAACGCCCGUUGCCUGGAGGCCGCCAUUUUAAGAGAAGCCCUGUACGGUAAACUCCGUGACGUGGGGGCCGCCAUGUUGGUACGGCCAUCUUGGAAUGGGAGCGGCUGUGGGCGCAGCCAUCUUAGGUAUAAAAUAGGCUCCAGUCGCGGUAACUGAAGCCAAGCUCCGCCCCUACCCUUCUAAGAGUUGUCUGCUGUACGACUGCACUCCCGCACCCUCCCCUAAAUCCACCCUCUUCGGCCUGUUUACCUUUUAACUUGGCUUCGUUGCACGUUUGUGUGUGUGUGUUUGCUCUUCGCAGCCUCUUGAGCGUCUUUUGUACUUAAUUCUUACACCGUGGACGCGCUCUCGCGCCCGCCAUCCCCCGACCCCGAUGAUCUCCGAUCCUUGACAAUGUCUAGCUUGCUUUGAUUGGCCGUGUUCCCUGGGUAUGGCAGAUCUAUUGCUUGAUGGUCCUCUCCCCCCAAGAAUUCUAACACAGGAGCUGUCCUGAGGCUCUGGAUGACUUUAUUCUUCAAAUGGCUUUACCCUCCCAGUAGCUCCAGGGACCCUCCAUUUUCCAUAUCCAGGAAAAUGUGAUGCGCCACAGGUAUCAGCGUCUGGAUCGCCACUUCACGUUUUAGCCACAAGUGACUCAGUGGAAGAUCCAGCGUCAACAGAGGCUCGUCAGGAAGAUGUCUACGGAAAAGGUAGACCAAAAGGAGGAAGCUGGGGAAAAAGAGGUGUGCGGAGACCAGAUCAAAGGACCGGACAAAGAGGAGGAACCACCAGCUGCUGCAUCCCAUGGCCAGGGGUGGCGUCCAGGUGGCAGAGCAGCUAGGAACGCAAGGCCUGAACCUGGGGCCAGACACCCUGCUCUCCCGGCCAUGGUCAACGAUCCUCCAGUACCUGCCUUACUGUGGGCCCAGGAGGUGGGCCAAGUCUUGGCAGGCCGUGCCCGCAGGCUGCUGCUGCAGUUUGGGGUGCUCUUCUGCACCAUCCUCCUCUUGCUCUGGGUGUCUGUCUUCCUCUAUGGCUCCUUCUACUAUUCCUACAUGCCGACAGUCAGCCACCUCAGCCCCGUGCAUUUCUACUACAGGACCGACUGUGACUCCUCCACCACCUCACUCUGCUCCUUCCCUGUUGCCAAUGUCUCGCUGACUAAGGGUGGACGUGAUCGGGUGCUGAUGUAUGGACAGCCGUAUCGUGUUACCUUAGAGCUUGAGCUGCCAGAGUCCCCUGUGAAUCAAGAUUUGGGCAUGUUCUUGGUCACCAUUUCCUGCUACACCAGAGGUGGCCGAAUCAUCUCCACUUCUUCGCGUUCGGUGAUGCUACAUUACCGCUCAGACCUGCUCCAGAUGCUGGACACGCUGGUCUUCUCUAGCCUUCUGCUGUUUGGCUUUGCAGAGCAGAAGCAGCUGCUGGAGGUGGAACUCUACGCAGACUAUAGAGAGAACUCGUAUGUGCCGACCACUGGAGCGAUCAUUGAGAUCCACAGCAAGCGCAUCCAGCUGUAUGGAGCCUACCUCCGCAUCCACGCACACUUCACUGGGCUCAGAUACCUGCUAUACAACUUCCCGAUGACCUGCGCCUUCAUAGGUGUCGCCAGCAACUUCACCUUCCUCAGCGUCAUCGUGCUCUUCAGCUACAUGCAGUGGGUGUGGGGGGGCAUCUGGCCCCGACACCGCUUCUCUUUGCAGGUUAACAUCCGAAAAAGAGACAAUUCCCAGAAGGAAGUCCAACGAAGGAUCUCUGCUCAUCAGCCAGGGCCUGAAGGCCAGGAGGAGUCAACUCCGCAAUCAGAUGUUACAGAGGAUGGUGAGAGCCCUGAAGAUCCCUCAGGGACAGAGGGUCAGCUGUCCGAGGAGGAGAAACCAGAUCAGCAGCCCCUGAGUGGAGAAGAGGAGCUAGAGCCUGAGGCCAGUGAUGGUUCAGGCUCCUGGGAAGAUGCAGCUCUGCUGACGGAGGCCAACCUGCCUGCUCCUGCUCCUGCUCCUGCUCCUGCUCCUGCUUCUGCUUCUGCCCCUGUCCUAGAGACUCUGGGCAGCUCUGAACCCGCUGGGGGUGCUCUCCGACAGCGCCCCACCUGCUCUAGUUCCUGAAGAAAAGGGGCAGACUCUUCACAUUCCAGCACUUUCCCACCUGACUCCUCUCCCUAAAAACUCCCCUUUAUUGAAGUUUUUCCUUCAAUAAACUAUUUUGUGUCAGCUUC